AUGGCAUCCAUUUUUGACUCGCUGAAGCAGGACCUCAAGACCGGGAAGGUCGUCGUGCCGGGCGAUGCCGACUACGACGACAGCCUGAAGCGCUGGAGCGCGAGCUGCAUCAAGCCAGCCGCGGCAGUGAUCAAGCCCACGUCGGCAGCAGAGGUCAGCGCGGCCAUCGUCUUCGCCAACGAGCACUCGCUCCCCUUCACCGUCUGCGGCGGCGGGCACUCGACGUCCGGUCAGUCGUCCAAGGGCGGGGAGGGGGUGGUCAUCGACCUCUCCCUCAUCCGCGAGGUCAGCGUCGACGCGGACAGGCAGACCAUCACCUACGGCGGCGGGUGCCUCUGGUCCGAGGUCGACGAGGCGGCCGCGCAGCACGGGCUCGCCACGCCGGGGGGGACCGUCAACCACACGGGGGUGGGCGGGCUCGUCCUCGGCGGCGGGUUCGGCUUCCUCAGCCCUCGGCACGGUCUCACCGUCGACGUUCUGCUGGAGGUGGAGGUCGUCCUCGCCGACGGGCGCGUCGUGACGGCGUCUGAGAACGAAAACGCGGACCUGUUCUGGGCCCUGCGCGGCGCGGGGACGAGCUUCGGCGCGGUGACGAGGUUCACGUCGCGCGCGUUCCCGCAGGGCGACGUCUGGGCGGGGGUGCUGAUCUUCACGCCGGACCAGCUCUCCGAGGUGGUGGAGGGGUGCAACGGCGUGCUGGCGGCGCAGGACGGCAACCAGGCCAUGCUGCUGGCGUUUGGGUACUCGCCGCCCCCGGACAGGGCGCGCGUCAUCGUCGCGCAGGUGUUCCACAACGGCAGCGCCGAGGAGGGCGAGAGGGCGUACGCGCCGCUGUUGAAGGUGGGGCCUCACCUCAAUGCCGUGCAGACGGUCCCGUACAAGGUUGUCAACAGCCUCGCCAACGCCGGGGUGCCCCACGGGGGCAGGUACCAGUUCGGCGCGGCCAACGUCACCUACCCGGUCGACGUUGGGGUCGUGCAGUCGGCUGCCAAGGUGUGGUGGGAGGGCAUCGAGCGGUUCAGCUCGGACCCGAGCAGGGAGGACCUCCGCGGCAGCAUCAUUGGGUACGAGCUGUUCCCGAACGACAAGGCGCGGGAGGUCGCCCCUGAGGCGACGGCCUUUGCCAACCGUGGCAAGUACUUCAACGUUGCCGUGCUCAUGAGCUGGAAGAACCCGGAGAGCGACAAGGACGUCCGCGCGUUCAAGCAGGAGGUUGCGGCCUUGAUCAGGGACAAGGGGUUCAAGGGUGACGAGGUUGGGGGCGAGGGCGUUGGUCACUACAACAAUUACCUGGACAGCAGCAUCAGUGCCGAGGGGGCCUUUGGGGCGAAUGCGAAGAGGCUGAAGGAGCUGAAGCAGAAGUUCGACCCGGCGAACCGGUUCGACAAGCUGUGGAAGCUGGCCUGA